UCUAGUGGAAAAUAGUAUAAAGUACAGUUUAGAAGCUCUAGAUUUAAAGUCUGAUAUAGUAGAAUCAUUGAUUUUAUACUGUAAUGGGAUCAAACAUUGUGGUUUUAAUGGGACGUGUAUCUUGACUACACACAGACACAAAGAUCUAAACAUUAUCAUGAAUGAUCUAGAUUAACUCAUCGUCCUAAAGCUUGUUGCAUGUUUAUGUCCUGCAGCAUCACAGUUAUUGAUCGGUGAUCUUUGUGUCCACAUGUUGACCAACAGACGAUCGAUGUCUCAAAGGUUGCUGUGAUGUUUGAGCGCUCUGCAGGACACUGACCUGAGUUCAGUUCAAACCUCACACAUCUCACCGUCUCACAGACUCGACCGUCUGGACCGUUACCUCGACCGUUACCUCGACUGUUACCUGUUCAGAAUGAGGGCUGCUGAUUGGCUGUUGGUUCUGGCGUUCCUGCCCCUCGUCUCCUUCGCCUUCCAUCCGGACAUCUGCAGCGCCAAACCCAGAGACCUUCCUCUGGAGCCGCGCUGCAUCUACCGCAGCCCCGACCCAGAGGCCCACCCUGAGGCAGAGGCCGGUGAGGGCCCAGCCCUGGAGCCCGAUCCGGUCCCCGAGUCCACCAACCCCCGAGUCUGGGAGCUGUCCAAGGCCAACAGCCGCUUCGCUCUGUCGCUGUACAAACAGCUGGCCCUCAGCAAGGCCCCCGAGGCCAACAUCUUCAUGUCCCCCAUCAGCAUCUCCACCGCCUUCGCCAUGACCAAGCUGGGAGCCUGCAACCAGACGCUACAGCAGAUCAUGGAGGUGUUUGAGUUUGACUCCAUCAAAGAGAAGACCUCGGAUCAGGUCCACUUCUUCUUCGCCAAACUCAACUGUCGUCUGUACAGAAAGAAGGACGAGACCACGGAGCUGAUCUCCGCUAACCGGCUGUUCGGAGACAAGUCUCUGGUCUUCAACGAGACAUACCAGAACAUCAGUGAGACAGUGUACGGGGCCAAGCUGAUGCCUCUCAACUUCAAGGAGAACCCGGAGAAGGCCCGGGUCACUAUCAACAACUGGAUCUCCAACAAGACGGAGAACCUGAUCCAGGACACGCUGCCAGUGGGAGCACUGGACUCCAACACCAUCCUGGUCCUCGUCAACACAAUCUACUUCAAGGGUCAGUGGAAGAACAAGUUCAACAAAUACAACGCGUAUGUGUCAGACUUCCACGUCAGCGGGAGUCGGUCCUGCUCUGUCAACAUGAUGUACCAGGAGACCAGGUUCAGGUACCGGUACUAUCCCAAUGACCAGGUGCAGCUGCUGGAGAUGCCGUACCGCGGAGACGACAUCACCAUGGUGAUCAUCCUGCCGAGCAAAGACACCACACUGAGUAAGGUGGAGGAGAGUCUGGACCUGAACAAACUGACGUCCUGGUUGGAUGAGAUGACGGAGACCUCGGUGGCGGUCCACGUGCCUCGCUUCAGGCUGGAGGACAGCUUCAAUUUGAAGGAGAAGCUGCAGGACAUGGGACUGACGGACCUGUUCAGCUCUGAGAGGGCCAGUCUGCCAGGGAUGCUAGAGGACGGAAGUGAAGGUCUCCACAUCUCAGACGCCUUCCAUAAAGCCUUCCUGGAGGUGAACGAGGAGGGCAGCGAGGCGGCAGCAGCGACCGCCGUCGUGGCUGUUGGCCGCUCCCUCAACUUAAACCGGGAGGUGUUUCAGGCCGACCGGCCAUUCCUGCUGCUCAUCAGAGAGUCCACCAUCAAUGCCCUGCUGUUCACCGCCAGGGUGGCCGACCCCUGCGACCAGUGAGACCCGAUCCAGCAGCAACACCGAGACGAGACCACGUAAAAAAACAAUCGUUCAGUAAACGUUUGAUUCCCACCAUCAAACCAGCAGAGAGCGUAUAAAUCAUGUAGAGAAGAAGAAGAAGUCCACCAUGGGACCUGGUCUCAGAGGGAUAAUGUCUUGUUCUGAUGCCGUUUCAAUUACACAAAUCAAGAUUUUUUAGAGCGUAAAGAUGUAAAGAGUAGAGAAUCAAAAGUCUUGUCUAUCUUCCUUCCUCGUUAAAGCUCUGAAUGAAGACGUGUGUUCAAGAGUCUGAAUGAAACGCAUCAGCUGAGAAUAUAGCUAAGGUAUAUAUAUAUAUAUCUAUAUAUAUAUACAUAUACAUAUAUAUACAGUUGUGUGAAAAAGUGUUUGCCC